UGGGUUCAGAACAAUGUAAGUGAUGUUGUCCGCAUUUAUUUAAAAAAAAAAACUUUCACUGAAACUCAUAAGGUGCCGAUUAAGUACCCUCUCGACACAAUUAUUACAUUCUUCACUCAGGGCGUUGUUAUAAAAAUAUAUCCUAGAAAAAUCCAUCAAUAUAAAAAUAAACUUAAACUAAAUCUAGUUAACAAUAUAUUAAUUAAAACGUGAUCUCCUUGUUGCCCAAAAGCCCUUAAUUAGUAUUUAUCAUUAAAAUUGUUGUUCUGUGACGUCAUAAAACGGGUUUUAUUACUCUAUGUCGAGUAGCGUUGUGCAUCAAUAGGCAGUCAGUUGUCUAGGUUCAGAGGGCCACUCCAUCAGUAGUGCCGGAACGGAACAGUUGAUCCGAACACGAUAAGAAAUUGUGAUUGUUUUUUAUUUAAAUUGAAUUUUAAACAUACAAAAUGGGUUUUGAACUUGAACAUUGCUGCUUCUGCAUCGACCUGAGGAUAGGAUGCCUCAUCAUCGGUUACUUGAAUCUGAUUGGAGACUUCGCUUUGAUUUUGAUGACUAUCUUGGGUCUGACGGCGUUAGGAAAUGUCGGCAUAACCUUCCAUGGUUCCAUGUCGGUCAUGGGCGCGAUUAUUACGUCAGUCUUCGCCGUCAGUCUGAUCGUCUGCACUCUGUUCCUCGUGUUCACCAUUGUCUUACUGGUCGGAAUACAUCAGCACAAACGCGGCCACGUGAAGGCGUACCUCAUCUACACCCUGAUCUUCUUGAUCCUAUACACCAUCAUGUUCUUAGCUGGUUUCGCUGGUAUAGGCCACACUCCUUUAACUAUCGCCAGGGAUGUCAUCUCGAUCAUUUUGAGCAUCUACUUUUUGAUAGUGGUAAGGAGCUACUACCUGACUAUGGAUGAACCCAACCUUAGGCCUGCGAUGUACAACACUGCCUAAGCUUUUUAAUAAUACGUUUAUUACUUUUUAAGAUUAUUUCGUAAUACAUUUUAUCUAACUGUUAAUGAAUUAAAAGUAAAUUGAUUGAUUUUGUGUAAAUCGUAUCUACCUAGUUUCUAAUAAUAAAGUCUUUAUAAAUAAUUUGUUUGUGUGUGUUUUCAUUCUCCUUGCAUUUUUACACAAUUCAUACCAUCGUAGACCUUGUACUCUUCAAGACAGUGUAUGCUGCUUCUGGCUCUAUUGAAAUGUUUCUAAUAUUUGAUUUUAUUGUCAUUUUGAUUAUAAUUUGUAAAAUGAAUUAUUAUUAUUAUGCAACCAAGUAAUCUGCUAUAAAAAUGCUCCUGGACAAAGACCUUCUCAUUUAACUCCAAAUUAGGAUUAGUCAUAUCUAUGCCGGUUUGAAGACGGUUUGAUUCUUGCCUACCAUUAUUCAUCAUCUACCACCAUUCAUAUUAGCUACUGCUGGUUUCGGAGUUUUAUUUUUAGGUUCCAGCUCACACAAA